AUCGAUCUCGACCAAAAAUAAAAAGGUAACGUCUACAUGGUAGCUAGCAGAAUAAAACAUUUUCUUUCCAGUAGCUACGUCCCGCAGAAGUCGUUGAAUCCGACCGGAAGCUGCUGCUGUUCGUGUUUGCUCCGCGACAGAUCAUGAGCAAAGACUCCCAGAUGAGGGCUGCAAUCAACCAGAAGCUGAUCGAAAUGGGGGAACGGGAGCGCUUGAAGGAGUUGCUCAGAGCGAAGCUGGUGGAGUGCGGAUGGAAGGACCAGCUGAAGGCACACUGCAAAGAUGUGAUCAAAGAGAAGGGUCUGGAGCACGUCACGGUGGAGGACCUGGUCACAGAAGUCACGCCGAAAGGCAGAGCACUGGUACCGGACAGCGUGAAGAAAGAGCUGCUGCAGAGAAUCCGAGCUUUUCUAGCUCAGCACGCCACCCUGUGAACUGGACGGGUCGCCGUCUACACAUUUCCUUUUUAAAUUUUUUUUUUACACAAAAUUCAAAUUCAAAACUGAGCGACACUCUAUAAUGGUAUUUUUCUUUUUAUUAUUAGAUUUUUGUAUCCUGUGUCUUCAUAUUGAUUUUCGUUUGUUAUGCAGCAGUUUUGGAAAACAAAAACAAAUAAAGUCAUGCCUAUUUUUGGUCA